AGAUAAACAAAUUGGGGUCCUUCCUCGCGAUAGGCUAGCAAGUCGAAACGGUUUUCAGAGUCACAUUGUUUUACAAAACUGUGGGAAAAAUUCCUUCAGUGUAAUCUGAGUAAAGUGUUUUUAGUAAUGUUGAUAAAAGAAACUGUUCUUCCGGUUUGGUCAUUAGUAGCCUAGCUAGCCCGGUUGUAUUUUUUUUUUUUUUUUUUACCGUCGAAGGGUGUGUUUUUUUCGGUCGCCGUCGUAACGGGGGCAACGUUAGCAUUAGCGAAGCAAACAAGCCACUUUUGAGACUUAUAUAACUUCACUUUUGGUAUUUAGUCAAAUAAAACACGAGGGGGGCGUUGAUGAGCAGCAAUGUCUGGCAUCGCUCUUAGCAGACUGUCCCAGGAGCGCAAAGCCUGGAGAAAAGACCACCCUUUUGGAUUUGUUGCUGUUCCCACUAAGAAUCCAGAUGGGACCAUGAACCUGAUGAAUUGGGAGUGUGCCAUCCCAGGGAAAAAAGGAACGUUGUGGGAAGGAGGACUGUAUAAACUCAGAAUGCUGUUCAAGGAUGACUACCCUUCAUCUCCACCCAAAUGCAAGUUUGAGCCACCGAUAUUCCACCCAAAUGUCUACCCAUCAGGCACUGUGUGUCUGUCCAUCCUGGAGGAGGACAAAGACUGGAGACCUGCUAUCACCAUCAAACAGAUUCUUCUGGGAAUCCAGGAGCUGCUGAAUGAGCCCAACAUUCAAGAUCCAGCACAAGCGGAAGCUUACACAAUUUACUGUCAGAACAGGAUGGACUACGAGAAGAGGGUAAGGGCGCAGGCCAAGAAGUUUGCCCCCACAUAGAGGGGAGAGGUGGCCUCGACUCAGCCUGAGCAGCCUGAACCGAGAGCUCACAAACAGGUGGCAGGCAGCACCUGAAGGACCACUCCAAUAAGAAUCCACUUUUAAGUAUUCUAAAUAUAUUCUAAAUAUAUUUUUUGAUACAGGCUACAAGUGGGCCUGUUUUUCUUUUCCCUUCUUUUGACAAUUCAGUAAUAUCAUACAUUUUACCUGUCCUCAAAAAAAAUGAAAUCCAGUCUUUAUGCAUUGUCAGUGCAUAACUGAUAAUCCUGCUGUCAGUAUGACAUUUGUAAUAUGUGUAAUAUCCAUAUCCAGUUUUGGUCAUGCCUCCAAAGAAACUGCUGAGACUAAUGUGCUGACAGAGCUGUAAAAGUAAGACAUCAUGCCCAACCCACUCAGUGUGAUGUUCAGCAGAGAUUUGCCCUUUUGGUAACCUUACACGCUUUAUCAAACCAUCAGAGGCCAGGAGUACUGUAGAUAGUGUUUCAUGAAUGUGGGCUCUCACUGUGACAAAGCAGAAGCACAACAGGAGUCUGUUCUUCCUUUGUUCUCUCGGCCCGCUGUUUCAUUAUCAUGACAAAUACACGGGCAUACCAUCUGGCACAAAGCACUUAAAGAAAACUGGCAGUGACCCAUCAAAAACCAUCUAAACGUAAAUGCACCUAAAAGACAAUCCUGGCACUUCUUAUGUGCUCAGCUAAGCCGUGCACUUAGGAGGGUAACAAGAAGCAGCAGGAUGGGAGAGAGUGCAGACUUCCACCAAGGCCGCUAAAAGUAUUUGAGUUUUCCAAAACAAGUUUGACAGGGAUCAAAUACCCCCUGUUGAAAACACAGCCUCCAUGGCUUGACUUCGGAGUAAUAAGGCACUUGAGUCAGGCCUUUGGUUCCUCCCUUGACCCUUGAUAAUCUUUUAUUGCAGUGAAACCACAUGGUGUUAAAAAAAAAAAAAAAAAAAACACCUGAAAGAGAAACUGUCACCAUAACAAACUUUACGCCCAUCUGACAUCAGUGUGUCAUCACCUUCCAAACAUGCUGUGUAGAAAAGUUGCAUCGUAAAGGUUAUAAACUACUGCUGUGU